GGGGAUGGAAAGGAUAGGAUCAGCCAGGCAGGCCCUUGAACCCUGGGACAAGAGGUUUGGACGUGUUCUUGGGUGUUCCUGAGCAGGAAGUUUGCAUCUGAACAUUGGGAUGGCCCCUCUGGGGUAUGUGGGAGACAGCCUGCCCUUGUAGUUGGCCCAGGCUGUCCCCUCCUCUUCCACAGCAAGGUGCUCGGGUCUUCGGGGCCCUGGGUCCCAUUGGGCCCUCUUCACCUGGUCUUGCCCUUGGGGGCCUGGCGGUAGGCGAGCACCGGCUCAGCAACAAGCUACUUGCCUGGAGCGGCGUCCUCGAGUGGCAGGAGAAGCGCAGACCCUAUUCUGACUCCAACGCAAAGCUGAAGCGGACCCUCCCCUGCCAGGCCUACGUGAACCAGGGAGAGAACCUGGAGACUGACCAGUGGCCGCAGAAGCUGAUCAUGCAGCUGAUCCCGCAGCAGCUGCUGGUGAGACCCGCCCCAGCCCUCCCAGCUUGCCCCCUAGAGCACCCCGCGGGCUGCAUGCUCUUCCCCCACAUCUCCCCCUGUGAGGUGCGCGUGCUCAUGCUCCUGUACUCGUCCAAGAAGAAGAUCUUCAUGGGCCUCAUCCCCUACGACCAGAGUGGCUUCGUCAACGCUAUCCGGCAGGUCAUCACCACCCGCAAACAGGUGUGCCCCUGGGCCCCGGGCACUGGCUGUGCCAGGAAGGGCUUUUGGCCCCCUCGGCUGUGCUCUGGGGUCCCUGACCUCCCUGCCUCCCCCCAGGCGGGCUGCAUGCUCUUCCCCCACAUCUCCCCCUGUGAGGUGCGCGUGCUCAUGCUCCUGUACUCGUCCAAGAAGAAGAUCUUCAUGGGCCUCAUCCCCUACGACCAGAGUGGCUUCGUCAACGCUAUCCGGCAGGUCAUCACCACCCGCAAACAGGCAGUGGGACCCGGUGGUGUUGCCGGCCCAGUCCAGAUUGUCAACAACAAGUUCCUGGCGUGGAGUGGAGUCAUGGAGUGGCAGGAGCCUAGGCCUGAGCCCAACAGUCGGUCCAAGAGAUGGCUGCCGUCACAUGUCUACGUGAACCAAGGGGAGAUCCUGAGGACUGAGCAGUGGCCGAGGAAGCUGUACAUGCAGCUCAUCCCGCAGCAGCUGCUAACCACCCUGGUGCCAUUGUUCCGGAACUCACGCCUGGUGCAGUUCCACUUCACCAAGGACCUGGAGACGCUGAAGAGCUUAUGCCGGAUCAUGGACAAUGGCUUUGCCGGCUGCGUGCACUUUUCCUACAAGGCCUCGUGUGAGAUCCGCGUGCUCAUGCUCCUCUACUCUUCGGAGAAGAAGAUCUUCAUCGGCCUCAUCCCCCAUGACCAGAGCAACUUCGUCAAUGGCAUCCGGCGCGUCAUUGCCAACCAGCAGCAGGUCCUGCAGCGGAACCUGGAGCAGGAGCAGCAGCAGCGAGGGGUGAGGCAGGAGCAGGACCCCCAGAGCCCUUCUCACCUCNGGCCCUUCCACUACCCACUCCCUUCUGCACUGACUCUCCUUCCCUGGCUUCUUCCCCCAGAUGGGGGGAUAGUGGCCACCCCAGGCCUGGGUCCUCCAGGAGUCACAGACGAGGCCCCUGCUGAGGCUGGUCAUAUGCUUCUGAGCAGGGGUCCCUGGAGACUGCAACUGCCCAGUGAGAUGGAGGACAGCAUCCUGAGAUGUCUCCGAGGACAGUUCCCACCCAUGUAUGUUUCCCCAAUAAAGUCUUUUAAAAGCCCACAAGCCACUGUCUUAAGUGCCUACAACCAUGGCCUUGAGAGGCAGUUAAUCCUGAGGUGGGCUGAGUGCUUGACUGGGUGAAGCCCCCAGCAGUGCCGGUGCCAGGAGCCCCGGGCCUCCUGGGACUGGCCUGCCCUCGGCUGGGUGGCCCACCCUUCUUCCCAGC